AAUUAUAAUAAAACAAGCAGGUUAUAUAAAAAAAACGCUUUUUUUGUCGAUUAUUUAUCAAGAAAGCAAAAAGGGUUCUUAUCAAAUCCACCAUAAAAUUGGAAAGAAGCAUAAAGUAAGUAGACCUGACUCCUUUAAUGAUGCCUCUAUCCGCUAUUCUGAUAUAUAAAUUCGAUGUAGAUGAAAUUGUAUAAGCGAAUUUUUUUUAUUUCCUUAGACUUAGACCGCGCAAGACAAGAAUUUUUCGCUAUUUACGAUUUCAUAUUCUUGUUACUAGAUGUUCUAUAGGAAUAAGAAGAAAUCGCAACUCCUUUGCGCUACACAUAAAAUUGGAUUUCGAAGGUCCUUUUUUUUCAGAAUCCUCUAUUUUAGUUCUUCCACCCAUGCAAUAGAGAGGGAAUGGGAAAAGAAGGGUUACUUUUAUUUUCAUUUUUCCCUUAAAAGAUAGACUUUGAAAUAGGAGUCUUGGAAUAAUGCUGAAUUCAAAGGUUUAUUUCUUUCUAUAGUAUAAGAAAGAAAAAAAAUUAUUUCUAUUUCUAUUUCUAUAGUAUAAGAAAAACAAAUAGUAUAAGAAAAACAAAUCGAAUCAAAUUCAUGGAUUUACCACGACCUCGGUUGUGACUCCAUAGAUAAAAAUGGGAAAUUUCUCUCUUCGAGACCAUUGAAAAAGGGCAUUGAACGAGAAAGAAAUCGUCCACAGAUGAUAAAACUAUCAUAUGCCUUGGAAAGUGAUAUGAGGUGCUCGGAAAUGGUUGAAGUAAUUGAAUAGGAGGAUCACUAUGACUAUAGCCCUUUGUAGAAUUCCUAAAGAAGAAAAUGAUCUAUUUGAUACUAUGGAUGACUGGUUACGAAGGGACCGUUUCGUUUUUGUAGGAUGGUCUGGCCUAUUGCUCUUUCCUUGUGCUUAUUUCGCUUUAGGGGGUUGGUUUACAGGGACAACUUUUGUAACUUCUUGGUAUACCCAUGGAUUGGCUAGUUCCUAUUUGGAAGGUUGUAAUUUCUUAACCGCAGCAGUUUCUACCCCUGCCAAUAGUUUAGCACACUCUUUGUUGCUACUAUGGGGGCCCGAAGCACAAGGAGAUUUUACUCGUUGGUGUCAAUUAGGCGGUCUAUGGACUUUUGUAGCUCUCCACGGGGCUUUUGCACUAAUAGGUUUCAUGUUACGCCAAUUUGAACUUGCUCGGUCUGUUCAAUUGCGGCCUUAUAAUGCAAUCUCAUUCUCUGGUCCAAUUGCUGUUUUUGUUUCUGUAUUCCUUAUU